CAUUCAUCUGAAGAAAGGCAGAAACCUCCUUUCCCCCUCAUCCCUUCUUCAAAAAUUUCCUUGAAUUUCCGACCCCCCAACAGCUCUUCAUCUUCAAAUUUAGAUGCAGUAAAGCCCCUUUGAUCUUUGUGCUAUGAAUUCCUUUUGAUUUUGACACUGUGAGAGUGGAGAAGGCGAGAGCCAUGAGCAGGAUCUGCGGUGAGUUUUUUGCCAGACUUGGCGGCGUCAUCGCUAGUCAUCUGUUCGUUUUCCUCCUCUGCAACGUCAUCAUCGCUACUCUCCUCGCCAAGUCCGACGGAUUGUCCGCCGAGAAUCUCGGAGCCAACAAUGCCGAGGAUGAACUCUACGCGGAAGUCGUCAGAAACACAGAAAAUCGGCAACCGUUAUCUUCGGAAGAUGCUGCAGAACUCUCGAUAGAAGAGAUUGUUUACCAGGACAAGGAGAUCAUCUCUCAAGUGAAUGCGAUUGAUUUGGAAACGCAGCGCAAUUUGGCGUCGGAUCUUGAUUCUGAUUCGGAUUUGGACAUGGAUAAUCCGAAAUCUUACCGGAGGAGCAAGUCGGAGAAGUUCGUUAGAGCAAGUGCGGGGAAAGGAAAAAGGGAACUACGGCGAAUGGAAACGGAGAAGAGCGGGAAACUCGAACGACGCGGCGAGAAAUUAUAUGCACAGGACGAUCUGAGCAAUGAGGAGUUUCAGCGGAAGGUUGAUGAGUUCAUCGCCAAGGAGUUGGAGUUUCGCCGGGGAGAAUCGCUGGCCAUGGUUCUUCAAAGCCAGGCCUGAAAUGUUAUGCCGUAAAAUAGUUUUGAAAAUGUAAAAUAGAGAAUUCUGAGAGUCCUUGUUUUGUUUUAUUUUAUUUUAAUUCCCUCUUCCUCUUAGAAUAGCCUGCUUAUGAUUUGUACAGUAAGUGAUAUUCUAAGGUGAAAGAAGAAUAUUUUCAAGAAAUUUCUUUCUCUAUC